GCCUCCGCUUUCUUUUGAUUCUGAAGUUUCUGCAAUUCCUGGCCGCUUAGCUCUCCCCUUCCCACGGUCGAAAUGGUUAACGUUCCAAAGACCAAAAAGACUUACUGCAAGAAUAAAGAAUGCAGGAAGCACACCUUACAUAAGGUGACGCAAUAUAAGAAAGGGAAAGAUAGCCUUGCAGCUCAGGGUAAGCGCCGUUAUGACCGCAAACAGUCUGGAUAUGGUGGUCAGACAAAGCCUGUCUUCCACAAGAAGGCAAAAACCACCAAGAAAAUCGUCUUGAGGUUGCAGUGUCAGGCGUGCAAACAUGUGUCCCAACACCCAAUCAAGAGAUGUAAGCAUUUUGAGAUAGGCGGUGAUAAGAAGGGGAAGGGAACCUCUCUGUUUUAGGCGGAGAAAUGGGAUCUGCUGGCUUUUGCUAUUAUGUUUGGCAUUUUUAUUUGUUUUAGUAUGGGAUAUUGUCUUCGUUGACAUUUCUUAUCUAUAUGUUAUGUAGUGUUUUCACUUAAUUUUGUGGAGCAAUUAACUGAACCUGUUCAAAUGCUGCAGUCAAUUUUGAUACUGUUAAGCCUCUGAAAAUUUAAUGUUUCGAAUUAAAGUUUUUUUUUUUGGCUUA